GCAAAAACCCCACUGCAUUCAUUGUGCUACGGUCUCUCCACCCCCUCCCCGUUGCUGCUGCUUGCUGCUGCUGCUGCUGCUGCUGCUGCUGCUGCUGCUGGGCUUUGCGAUUGCCGCUCGUUCCAGCUGAGCACCGAGUAGCAGCAGCACCAGGGUAGGGACUUUGACUCCAGCCCUUGGACUUAGGACACCGCAGCCAGCAACCUCCCCUUGGCGUGCGUAGACUCAUCCGCACAUCAUUUCUGUUUAUGCCUGGGGUGGGGAGAAAAAUCCCAAACCAGGUAGGCCGUGUGGGCCAUUACUGUGUCAUUCUCCAUAUACCAACUUCAUGCAGAUGGACGUUAGUGUGCCUACCUAAGCGCUGCUGCAGUGGACGUCCUAAUGCGCCAGUGUACACGGGCCCGUGUAAAUGAGUAUGGAAGAUUAUGAUUUCCUCUUCAAAAUAGUUUUAAUUGGCAACGCCGGCGUGGGGAAGACGUGCCUAGUCCGACGAUUCACUCAGGGUCUUUUCCCCCCAGGUCAAGGAGCCACAAUUGGAGUUGAUUUUAUGAUUAAGACAGUGGAGAUUAAUGGAGAAAAAGUAAAGCUACAGAUUUGGGACACUGCAGGUCAAGAGAGAUUUCGGUCCAUCACCCAGAGUUAUUACCGGAGUGCCAAUGCCUUGAUCCUUACCUAUGACAUCACCUGUGAGGAGUCCUUUCGCUGCCUUCCUGAGUGGCUGCGGGAGAUAGAACAAUAUGCCAGCAAUAAGGUCAUCACUGUGUUAGUGGGCAACAAGAUUGACUUGGCUGAAAGGAGAGAGGUCUCCCAGCAGAGAGCUGAAGAAUUCUCAGAAGCUCAGGACAUGUAUUAUCUGGAGACCUCAGCCAAGGAAUCUGAUAAUGUGGAGAAACUCUUCCUUGACUUAGCAUGCCGCCUCAUCAGUGAAGCCAGACAGAACACACUGGUGAACAAUGUAUCCUCACCCUUACCGGGAGAAGGGAAAAGCAUCAGCUAUUUGACUUGUUGUAAUUUCAACUAAAGGCUGAGGCACGGAGAAGCAAAGGGAAUCCAGUAGCUGCCCAGAUGGGCCAUGAGUUGCUAGGGAAAUCUGGCGAUGACUGUGGCUCCUGCUCUCCGACCUUCUGACUCCUGUGGGCUCCUGAGCUUACAAAGCAUGCAGGCCAAGGGCCUCAACCACUGGCCGGCAUUGGCAGAACACAUACCGGUUUCACCCUUUUGCAGUGUGGAGUUGGAGCAAGGAGAAAGUUGCACUAAGCGCUCCAUGACCUGCAGAGCAUGUUGCUUUUACUUUUUAAAAAAGCAAGUAAACGUGCAUUACUGAACAUGGUCCAGGGGAAUGUGCUACAGGCAUCCCUCCUGUGUGCCAGUGGGUAUGCAUGGGGGCUGUUCUGUAGGGCUUCAGUGGUAAUCUGGUGCCCCUGGUUUUCUUUUCUGCCAGGUAAACCAAAACUGGAAAAGUCAAGCACUAUCCCUGUGGUACUUAUUGAUGACCCCAUGGAGAUUUUGAAAAGUGUUAUUUCUUUCAUCCACAGGCACUUUCAAAACCUUUGGGAUGUAAAAAUGAAAUGAAAACUUUACUCAUGACCAACAGUAACAAUUAUUGUUUUAAUAAUACAUACAAGCUCCAUGACUCCUUUCGGUGCUAAUGAUUCUGCUAUUUCACAGACCAAACACUUUAGUACAGUGAUGCCCUUCAACAUGUUAUGUAGAAAUAAGAACAAGGGUAUGUCCCAUGAGUCAGCCCUCUUUUGCAAAGUCUCAUUACUACCUUCUCUAGGAUGGGUAUGUUGGACACGAGAAUACUUGUUCUUUCAUGUUCCCCAUUGAAAUCUCUUCUUUAAUUUUUUUCUAGUAUUCCAUCUUUCAUGCCCUUCAAGUAAGUGUAAAUUUGAAAAAAUGGGGGAAAAUACAAAUGGGUGAUGGUAUUCUAAUAUAAAAGAUUAGUUCUAAAACAUUUCAAGUGGCCUGAGAAAGCCACCCAGAUAUGACCAAAAUACUGUGGAUUACUGGACUGCAGAGCAGGGUUCCAAGCAGAGCACAGUCCUUGAUAAUAGGUUACACCUUUUGCUUUCUGGUACUAUCUUUGGACACACAGAGGCUUAGGAUUUUGUAGAUAUUUUUAGUAUGAUAAGUGAGAAUAGCAACAUGAAAAGUCUCACAAAGCACUUUUGUAUCUUCAAUAACUUUAGCAACGUUCUACUUGUGGGAGCAGGAUGAACAUCAUUUAUCAAGUCCAUACAUUAGUGUUCCUCCCGGACUCAUAACUGGACUUUUUUUUUUCUGUUUAUCUUUUCUUUUUCCCCAUUUCCCUUUAUAGCUCUCCUUUCCCGCCUUCCUUUUCUCUUUCCCUUCCAUCCUGGUAUGCAUGUGUUACUGCAAAUCUCCAAUUCAAAUGGAGGUAUAUAUGCCUUUACUUAGCCAAUUUUAAAACAGGGCCCAAACUGGAAGAUGUGUUGCUGAAUGUGUUCCUAUUUCUUCAGUGCCAUAUUUUGAUACCUUCCAAUUUGUUCACUCCUAUAAAUGCAAAUCAGGAUGAUAAUUUAGCCUGUAUGCUGUCAGGUGUUUCUGUGGCUUACUGCAUAUGUAACUGAGGGAUGACUCACUGAAGGAGAAUAUGAUAUGGAAUCUUGCUGCAGUGUUUGAUGGUGACAAUCUCAGUUCUGACAUGUAGUUGUUGGGAAGCUGUUCAAUUGUAAAGAAAGGAGUUAUGUACAGCAGGAUGCCGAUAGAGCACAUCCACCAGUUCUCUAGCAGGUCCCAGAUUGACCAGCCUCCUGCACAUGGGAUUGUGCAUGCUCUUUGUAGUGACUAAUACUGCAAGUGAUUGGUUACACUUGUUUUUCUUGGUUCUGUGAGAAACACAAAGUGUUCCUAGAAGAAUUAUCUUUCUUUUGAACUUUGUCUCUAUAAAAUAUUCACUUUCACAAAAAGCAAAAUUAUUUAUAAUUACCUUUCCUUCCCCAUCAUUCCCACUUAGCCAGUGACUAAAGAUAUCUCUCACAAAAUAAAUUGAUCAAGGUGGCAGAAUAACUUAUCUUUUUAUACUGUGAGAUAAUGUCCUGAAAUUUAGACUCUUCUUUUUGGCAAAAUUCUAAUCUCCCCAGCAUAUGAUGACUCAACUUGGUCUCACAGCAGCAUGUUAAAAAUAAAGUUUCUUUGUGAACUUCAAGGGCUUUGUUAGGUUAGGCUAAUUUAAUUCCAAAAUAGCAGAUUCUGGGGCCACAU